GGGCCGAGCAAUCGCAGCAGUCAAUUCCCCCACCCUCCCGGGAGGAGCCGCCGGCCCUGGGCUCUCCAAAUUCUGAGCUCUCAUCAUGGCGGCGGCGGCGGCCGCGGCGGCCGUCGGGGGGCCGCAGCCGCCCCAACCCGAGCUGCCCGCGCCUGGGCUGGCCGUGGACAAGGCGGCCACCGCGGCGCACCUGAAGGCGGCCCUCAGCCGGCCGGACAACAGGGCAGGUGCUGAGGAGCUACAGGCGCUGCUGGAGCGGGUGCUGAGCGCCGAGCGGCCGCUGACCGCGGCUGCGGACGGCGAGGAGGCGGCGGCGGCAGCCGGCGGCGGGGGCGGUCCGGGGGCGGCCGAGGAGGAGGCCCUGGAGUGGUGUAAGUGCCUUCUGGCGGGCGGCGGAGGCUACGAGGAGUUCUGCGCGGCGGUGCGGGCCUACGACCCCGCGGCGCUCUGCGGCCUGGUCUGGACAGCCAACUUCGUGGCCUACCGCUGCCGGACGUGCGGCAUCUCCCCCUGCAUGUCGCUGUGCGCGGAGUGCUUCCACCAGGGCGACCACACCGGACACGACUUCAAUAUGUUCCGCAGCCAGGCUGGGGGUGCCUGUGACUGCGGGGACAGCAACGUGAUGCGGGAGAGUGGGUUUUGCAAAAGGCAUCAAAUUAAAUCAAGUUCAAAUAUUCCCUGUGUCCCCAAAGACUUAUUGAUGAUGUCUGAAUUUGUUCUUCCAAGAUUUAUUUUUUGUCUUAUUCAGUACUUAAGAGAAGGCUAUAAUGAACCAGCAGCUGAUGUACCCUCAGAAAAAGACCUUAACAAAGUCCUUCAGCUUUUGGAACCUCAAAUUUCCUUUUUAGAAGAUCUAACUAAAAUGGGAGGCGCCAUGCGGUCUGUUCUUACUCAGGUUUUGACAAACCAACAAAACUACAAAGAUCUGACUUCUGGUCUUGGAGAAAAUGCUUGUGCAAAGAAAAGUCAUGAAAAGUACCUUAUAGCUUUGAAGAGCUCUGGACUUACAUAUCCUGAGGAUAAGCUUGUAUAUGGUAUACAGGAGCAGUCAGCUGGCACUAGCACUCUGGCAGUUCAAGGUUUUGCAGGUGCAGCAGGAACAUUGGGACAACUAGAUUCUUCAGAUGAGGAGGAUCAGGAUGGGAGUCAAGGUCUGGGCAAGAGAAAGAGGGUCAAACUAAGCAGUAGCACCAAAGAUCAGUCUAUAAUGGAUGUUUUGAAACAUAAAAGUUUUCUAGAAGAACUAUUGUUUUGGACUAUAAAGUAUGAAUUCCCUCAGAAGAUGGUAACUUUCUUACUCAACAUGCUUCCAGAUCAAGAGUAUAAGGUUGCUUUCACAAAAACGUUUGUUCAACAUUAUGCUUUCAUUAUGAAAACACUGAAGAAAAGUCACGAGUCAGACACAAUGUCUAACAGAAUUGUGCAUAUUAGUGUUCAGUUGUUCAGCAAUGAAGAGUUAGCCAGACAGGUAACAGAAGAAUGUCAGCUGCUGGAUAUUAUGGUCACUGUGCUAUUAUACAUGAUGGAAAGUUGCCUUAUUAAAAGUGAGCUACAAGAUGAAGAAAAUAGUUUACAUGUGGUAGUGAACUGUGGAGAAGCAUUACUGAAGAAUAACACUUAUUGGCCUCUUGUCAGUGAUUUUAUUAAUAUCCUUUCUCAUCAAAGUGUGGCUAAGAGAUUUUUGGAGGACCAUGGUUUGUUAGUUACGUGGAUGAACUUUGUAUCUUUCUUUCAAGGUAUGAACUUAAACAAGCGAGAACUAAAUGAGCAUGUGGAAUUUGAGUCUCAGACCUACUAUGCUGCCUUUGCUGCUGAACUUGAGGCCUGUGCACAGCCAAUGUGGGGGCUCUUAUCCCAUUGUAAAGUUAGGGAAACUCAAGAGUAUACUCGAAAUGUUGUUAGAUACUGCCUUGAAGCUCUUCAAGAUUGGUUUGAUGCUAUUAACUUUGUAGAUGAGCCAGCACCUAACCAAGUCACUUUUCAUCUUCCCCUUCAUCGUUACUAUGCUAUGUUUUUGAGUAAGGCUGUGAAAUGUCAAGAACUAGAUUUGGAUUCUGUUUUACCUGAUCAGGAAAUGUUAAUGAAACUAAUGAUUCACCCACUCCAAAUUCAAGCAAGUCUUGCUGAAAUCCAUAGCAAUAUGUGGGUAAGAAAUGGUCUACAAAUCAAAGGACAAGCUAUGACCUAUGUCCAGUCUCAUUUCUGUAAUUCCAUGAUUGACCCUGACAUUUACUUACUACAGGUUUGUGCUUCUAGACUUGACCCAGAUUACUUCAUUUCAUCUGUCUUUGAAAGAUUUAAGGUAGUGGAUUUGUUGACAAUGGCGUCACAACAUCAAAACACAGUACUUGAUGCAGAGCAUGAGAGAUCGAUGUUAGAAGGCGCUCUUACAUUUCUUGUGAUUCUUUUAAGUCUUCGUUUACAUUUAGGGAUGUCUGAUGAUGAGAUUCUCAGAGCAGAAAUGGUAGCCCAGUUGUGUAUGAAUGACAGGACACAUAGUUCAUUGCUGGACCUCAUUCCAGAAAAUCCAAAUCCCAAAAGUGGCAUUAUUCCAGGCAGUUACAGUUUUGAAUCAGUUCUUUCAGCUGUAGCUGAUUUUAAGGCUCCUGUUUUUGAACCUGGAGGUUCUAUGCAGCAAGGCAUGUAUACUCCUAAAGCUGAAGUCUGGGAUCAGGAGUUUGACCCUGUCAUGGUCAUUCUUCGAACAGUUUACCGUAGAGAUGUGCAAUCUGCAAUGGACAGAUACACAGCAUUUUUAAAACAGAGUGGAAAAUUCCCUGGAAAUCCCUGGCCUCCCUAUAAGAAAAGGACGCCACUGCAUCCCAGCUAUAAAGGUCUCAUGAGACUUUUGCACUGUAAAACUUUACACAUUGUGCUAUUCACUCUGCUUUACAAGAUUUUGAUGGAUCAUCAAAAUCUGUCAGAACAUGUACUCUGCAUGGUUUUGUAUCUGAUUGAAUUAGGACUUGAAAAUUCAGCUGAAGAGGAAUCAGAUGAAGAGGCAUCAGUGUGUGGACCAGAACGUUGUCACGACAGUUGGUUUCCUGGCAGUAACUUAGUGUCAAACAUGCGACACUUUAUAAACUAUGUUAGGGUGAGAGUUCCAGAGACUGCUCCGGAAGUGAAGAGAGACUCACUUGCAAGUACCAGCUCUGACAGCUUGAGUUCUUUACAAAGUUCACGAAGGCCAAAAGUUCUUCAAAGAGAGAAUUCUGGUACAGCUCAAGUUUUCAGCUUAGUAGCAGAGCGUAGAAAGAAGUUUCAAGAGAUCAUCAAUCGCAGUAGCAGUGAAGCAAAUCAGGUGGUUCGUCCCAAAACUUCAAGUAAAUGGUCUGCUCCUGGUUCGGCUCCACAGUUAACUACAGCCAUUUUGGAAAUUAAAGAAAGCAUAUUGUCUUUGUUAAUUAAACUUCAUCAUAAACUCUCAGGAAAACAAAACUCCUACUAUCCUCCUUGGCUUGAUGACAUAGAAAUUUUAAUCCAACCAGAAAUUCCUAAAUAUAAUCAUGGAGAUGGUAUAACUGCAGUAGAAAGAAUUUUACUAAAAGCUGCAUUGCAAAGCAGAAUGAACAAGCGCAUCAUUGAAGAGAUAUGUAGGAAAGUGACUCCUCCUGUACCACCCAAAAAAAUCACUGCAGCAGAGAAGAAAACACUGGACAAAGAAGAAAGGCGACAAAAGGCUAGAGAGAGGCAGCAGAAAUUGCUUGCAGAGUUUGCUUCACGACAGAAAAGCUUCAUGGAAACUGCAAUGGAUGUUGAUUCUCCUGAGAAUGAUAUUCCUAUGGAGAUCACAACAGCAGAACCACAAGUUUCUGAAGCAGUAUAUGAUUGUGUUAUUUGUGGUCAGAGUGGCCCCUCCUCUGAAGACCGACCUACAGGAUUGGUUGUACUGUUACAAGCAUCCUCAGUUUUAGGGCAGUGCCGUGACAACAUUGAUCCAAAAAAAUUGCCUAUCACUGAAGAGGAGCAGAUUUACCCUUGGGAUACAUGUGCAGCAGUUCAUGAUGUGAGACUUUCAUUAUUACAGCGUUAUUUUAAGGAUAGUUCUUGUCUCUUGGCAGUAUCAAUUGGUUGGGAAGGAGGUGUUUAUGUACAAACCUGUGGCCACACGUUACACAUAGAUUGUCAUAAAUCUUACAUGGAAUCAUUACGGAAUGAUCAGGUUCUUCAGGGCUUCUCGGUGGACAAAGGAGAAUUCACGUGUCCUCUCUGUAGGCAGUUUGCUAACAGUGUUCUUCCUUGUUUUCCUGGGAGCAAUGUGGAAAGUAACCUUUGGCAACGUCCUAGUAACAAAAGCAUACAAGAUCUCAUAAAGGAAGUGGAAGAGCUGCAGGGACGGCCGGGAGCUUUCCCAGUAAGCAUCAGUUCAGAAACCAACUUAAGUAAAGAAAUGGAAUCUGUAAUGAAAGAUAUCAAAAAUACUACUCAGAAAAAGUAUAGAGACUAUAGCAAGACCCCAGGUUCACCAGACAAUGAUUUUCUCUUUAUGUAUUCUGUUGCUAGAACCAAUUUGGAACUUGAAUUAAUUCAUCGGGGAGGCAAUUUGUGUUCAGGUGGUGCAAGCACAGCUGGCAAACGCUCUUGCUUAAAUCAACUGUUCCAUGUAUUAGCCUUGCACAUGCGGCUUUAUAGCAUUGAUUCUGAGUUUAAUCCCUGGAGAAAGCUUACGCAAUUAGUAGAAGAGGAGAAUUCACAGCAGGGAAAUGAAGAACAACAGCCUGAGGUUCCAGUUCUUUAUCAUGAUGUUACAUCCCUUUUGCUCAUCCAGAUCUUAAUGAUGCCGCAACCCUUACGAAAAGACCAUUUCACCUGCAUUGUGAAGGUGCUUUUUACCCUUCUAUACACACAAGCUCUUGUGGCACUUUCAGUUAAAUGCAAUGAGGAAGAUAGGUCAGCCUGGAAACACACGGGAGCUCUCAAAAAGAAUACAAGUGAUGCAGAAAAGUCUUAUGAAGUGUUACUGAGCUUUGUGAUAAGUGAACUAUCUAAAGGAAAGUUAUACCAUGAAGAGGGCACUCAGGAAUGUGCAAUGGUUAGCCCUGUUGCGUGGUCUCCUGAAUCCAUGGAAAAAUACUUACAGGACUUCUGCUUACCUUUCCUCAGAAUCACCAGCCUUCUUCAGCACCACCUUUUUGGGGAAGAUUUACCUAGCUGCCAGGAAGAAGAAGAAUUUUCGGUUCUUUCCAGCUGCCUGGGACUUCUGCCAACAUUUUACCAAACAGAACAUCCAUUCAUCAGUGCCUCUUGUCUGGAUUGGCCAGUUCCAGCAUUUGAUAUUAUAUCUCAGUGGUGUCUUGAGAUAAAUUCAUUUACUGAAAGACAUGCAGAACAAGGAAAGGCCUUGCUUAUCCAAGAGUCAAGAUGGAAAUUACCACACCUGCUCCAGUUGCCUGAGAAUUACAACACCAUUUUUCAGUACUACCACAGAAAAACCUGUAGUGUCUGCACUAAGGUUCCUAAGGAUCCUGCUGUUUGCCUUGUUUGUGGUACUUUUGUAUGCCUGAAAGGACUUUGCUGCAAGCAACAAAGCUACUGUGAAUGUGUAUUGCAUUCUCAGAACUGUGGUGCUGGAACAGGAAUUUUCCUUUUGAUCAAUGCUUCGGUGAUUAUCAUCAUUCGAGGCCACCGCUUCUGCCUCUGGGGUUCUGUGUAUUUGGAUGCUCAUGGAGAAGAAGAUCGGGAUCUUAGGCGAGGCAAACCUCUCUACAUUUGUAAGGAAAGAUACAAAGUUCUUGAGCAGCAGUGGAUUUCUCAUACUUUUGAUCACAUCAAUAAAAGAUGGGGUCCACAUUACAAUGGGCUGUGACUCACCACCUCAGCAUUGCAUUAUAUCAUUUUCAUUAAGAAUUUAUCAACAAUAAGCUUUACCUUAAUUUGGGGGAUUAACGCUUUUGCUAAGGGAGAAAAAGAAAACAUAUAUUAUAAAGCCUUUCCAAAAUUAGGUGCUUGGUAAUCACAUUAAUGGUAUAAUAAAAAUUUUUUUAAGUAUCUGGAGAACAUAACAAAUAACAAGUUAUAUCAUUCUUUAGUGGUCCUUUUUUUUUUUUUAAGUCCACAAUUAAUAAGAAGCACAACUUGUUGACAAAAUCAUUUAAAAAUGAUUCUCCCAGCAAUGCAUAUCAGCUAUUCAUUGAUACUUGGAGUGGGUGUGAUUUAUUUAAAGUUUUACUGCUUCUUUAUAUCUGUGUGUUUUAAUUUGCAUCUGCUAAACACAAUGCAUCCUUUCCCUCUGGCAUUCUUGUGUUGAUUUGAGAUUUUUGCUGUAUGUAAUUAGAAAAAAAAUGUAAAACAUGAUUUAUGUGAAAUAUUGUAUAGUAAAAGUUGGUCUAAUAGUAGGACUUAAAAAUUUUUUCUUAUUGUGAGGAAUCUGUUAAAAAGUUUAAGGCUUUGCUGAAAACUUAAUUCAUUCUCAGGAAUUUCAUAAAUAUUCUCCCCAGGUAAAUAAUUGAAAUAGUUGUAAAAUAAGUAGAUAGCUGCUGUUAAUAUAAUACAGUACAUUUUGAGGGACAUAUGUGUGGUUGGGGAAGGGAGUCCUUAAAAAUCAAAAUUUGCCAUUUCAUUUGGAUGACUUACUUGAGGUAUUAACAAGUAGAUUUUACUAUAAAAUCAGAUGUUGUAAGAACAUACAUAUGGCAGAUUUUGAUUCUGUGCAUGCCCACCGUUUUUUACCAACCAAGUUUUUGUUUAAAUGAUCGAAUUGGAAAUUGCUCAGACUUACCCACAAAUGAAGCUUAGUUUUGGAACUUUCCUGUCAGCUCGAGAGGUUCAUCUAUAUUGUAUUUGUGCAGCGUAAUCACUGCUAUUUCUGCUUAGUUUCCUAAAAGGAAAAAAAAAGGCUCAGUGGUGAUGACCCUCAUGAAUGAGCCAUGCAUCUGCAUUCUUCUUAGAAGCUGCUGCGAAAAGCAAUUUAUGUUUGUUGGGUUUUUUUAAUCAGUAAGAAUGGGAAUGAUUGAACUAAAACCCACUCUAUAAAUAGAGAAGGAAGAUUACAGAAAAGCAUGUUAUAUAUUGCUAACAAGAUUUUUCUUCCAAAUGAUUUAGUAAUUUGAUGAUUAUUUAAUAGAUAGUGUUAUCAAGCAAUUCCUGGUACUUUGGACUUCCAUGGCUUGUUAUAUAAAAUUACAUUUUUACAUGUAAAAAUAAACUAAAAAACAUCUAAUGAUAAAAUACAAAAAUAAAGUCAGAUCUAUGUUCUAAAAAUUAUUGAAUGACAUGACAUUACAGAAUGUGAAAAUGGACAUUAAAUGAUGGCCUUGCAUUAAAAUACAGCAGAACAGUAGAUAUUCAAAUGUGUUCAAAGGUCAAAAAAUUACCUAUAGCUCCACAAUAAAAUACAUGGAAAUAGCUUGCUAUUUUUAUAUACAUUUCCAAAAUAUUAAGAUAACUUUCUGAAAGAUGAGAAUGAUUCUGUUUAACUAAAUAGUUGUCCUUUCAAACACAUUGCUACUUUUUUAAAUACUGUAUCAUAAGUUCAGCCUGUCAUAUUUUUUGCAUUGGUCAUUCUGAAUACCAGACCAUUUGUAAGUGUGGUUGAAGAGCAAAUGCUAAUUUAAAUCUCUAGUAAAUACUGAUACAGGAUUCAUGAACUUGAAUAAUUCUACAGUUUGAAACUCUGAUGCUAUAUAUACAUGGUAUAAUGUAUUCAGACUUUGAUUACUACAUAUUUAAAAUGGAAUGUUUUAUGAUUGUGCAUAUGGAUGUGAAGUGAAAAUAUUAGCCUUAACAUUAAAAUUUGGGUAUUUGAUAGUGUUUAUUUUGAUAUUGGUGAAUUAGUCACCAGUAAAUUUUUGAAAAGCACUUGGUUGAAAAUUGUACUUGAAUUACAUACAUGCAUGCUGCUAAACUAGAUCUUUAAUUUUUUCCCCCAUAACUUUUAUAAGUCCCAUUUAUAAGCCCACUUUUAAAAAUAACAGGUCCAAGCUAGAGUGAUGUGUGUAUAUUAUUAAAAAAAUGUACUGGUGUGGUAUCUUGUAUGAAUGAACAUUUAAUACAGUACAUUACUGUAGAGGCUAAAUCAAUCUUUAUAAUUAAGCAGAGAUUACAAAACUAGGAAUAAUCAACAUUGUAAGAUAUGUUAAUAAAAACCUACUGUCAUUUGGUUUGUGAAAGGUCCUUAAAAUGUUUAAUUCUUAAAUGUUUUUCUUUUUUUAAGGUACUGACAAUAAUAAGUGUAAGUGAGCAUAGCAGAAAAGAUCAAAGCAUAACAUAACUGGUAGUUGCUCUAAGGUGGAGUUAAAUAUAAAGGUUUGCUUUUCCUUUUACCUUUUAUUUGCAGAGGUAGUUCCUGUUUCUUCUAUCCUUGUCUUAAAAGAAUGCAAAGCUUUUUUCUAAGUGUAUAUUUUUGGAAGCUGGGGAGAAGGGAAUGGGUAUGCAGAUCUGAGGAACACUACUUUGGUCCUUGCUGCUUUC